AUGAACAUGGGUGAACCCUCACAGCAAACUCCACCCGAUUUUCAGGCACUAAUUAAUUCAGCGGUGGCGGCCUCAAUGGAAAAGGCCAUAGCGAAACUAUUGGUCCAAACCCCACAGGGGGACCCGGACACCAAAGGCCAGGAGAAGCCUUCAGGGGAUAGUGCUCCCCCUAAGAGACAUUGGAAGGGCAAUGGCCCAGCCCCACGGACGGCAAAGGGCAAAGCCCCACUCAAAAGGAGCCGCCCAUCGGACCACUUAGAUCCGUCAACACCCCCGCUGACAUCAUCCGAUGACGAGGGAGGUAACUCACCAACCCCGCUGGAAGUUAUGGACGAGUGGGGAGUGGGGGACUCCCCAUCUGAGGAGGAGGACUGGCUCGACAUACCCCGCGGCCACACAGGGUCGGAGCGGGUCGAGGAGCAGGACAUCCGUCAUGGGCACUGGAAGGCCGAUACACAG